AUGGCUUCAGAAAAAAGCUCCGUCUUUGCGCACAACGGCCUUCUCAGGCCCUUUCGCCUGCUCAGGCAGGACUUGACUAACCUGCCCAAACGCUACCGUUCAGACUGGUCCAUCUUCAACCAGCUGAUCUUCGCCAGCGCCGUCUAUGUCUUCUUCACCAAUCUCCUCCCGGGAAUUACCUUUGCCAGUGAUUUGUACGUGCUUACAGGCAAGAACUGGGGCACAAUAGAAGUUGUCUUCAGUACAGGCCUUUGCGGCAUCAUCUUUUCUCUAUUCUCCAUCCAGCCUCUUACAAUCCUGGGAGUCACUGGACCGUUUUCUAUCUUGGCGGAAAAUAUUUACUCGUUGUGUGAUACAUCUUUCAAUAUCCCGUUCCUACCGUUCAUGUCAUGGUCUCUCAUCCAUGCUGCGUGGAUGCACUAUCUGCUUGCAAUCUUCAACGCUCACGAUUACACCAUGCGCUAUGUCACAACCUUUUCAACGGAGAUAUUCUCUUUGCUGAACAGCAUAAUUUAUUUCCACAAAGCCAUCCAAGAGUUGCAGCGGGCACAUGAUCACCUUUCGUUCGCCGCAUUCCUCUACGCCAUCAUCGGGGCGGUCGGAUCUUGUUUGCUUGCUGUUUUUCUUGCAUCCGCAGAAAAAUGGAAGCCGUUAUUCCAUCGAUAUAUCCGGAUGGGUCUAUCCGAGUAUGCAGCCGCAAUAAGUAUCAUAUUCUUCAUCGGGAUACCGCAUGUUGGAGAGCUUGCUGCCCUGGACAAAGAGACCCUGCAAGUCAGCCAAUCCUUUAGGCCAACUAGCCCCGAUCGGACGGUAUUUUUUGUCAAGUUCUGGCAGCUACCCGUUGAAUGGAUUUUUGCAGCCAUAAUCCCCGGCUUCAUCAUCACCGCACUGUUCUUCUUCGACCAUGAAGUUAGCAGUAUCAUCUGUACUAUCAACCGAUACGGUACUCGCAAACCCGGAGGAUUUGCUUGGGACAUUGCCUUACUAGGGACCACGACUGCAUUAUGUGGAAUUCUUGGGAUACCUCCUGCAAAUGGUCUUUUACCCCAAGCACCACUUCAUUCCGAAAGCUUGAUGCACGAAGAACGUGAAAAUAUACAGGUUAUGGGGCCUGCAGCAGUCGAAACCACUCAGGCUAGAUCCUCUAGCCGUGUGUAUGAACAACGAUGGAGUCAUUUUUUGCAUGCAGCUGGAAUUCUCUGCUUCGUCAGUCCACCAUUCAUGGGAGUUCUUGGGUUAACUCCUACGAGCGUACUCGCUGGACUUUUCAUGUUCAUGGGUGAGCAGAGCCUUUCGGUCAACCCCCUACUCUAUCGUACUUUCUACCUGUUCACACCACCAUCGGAGCUACCCUCACUCCCUCAGGCAAUAAAAAGCUACACGCCCAUCCACGGAUAUACUUUAACUCAGGUUAUCGUGACGGUCGGCAUCUUCAUCAUUACUUUGACUAAAGCGGGUCCAGCUUUCCCCAUUAUCAUCAUACUUCUGGUGCCUCUCCGGCUACUGCUUAUGAACAAGAUAUGGAACAGAGAGACGUUACGGUAUGUGGAUGCUUGGGCGUGUAGAGACGGAACUCCUGAGGAUGAUGAAGAUCGGAAAACUGGGGCGAGGAAGCCAGCUGUUGCUCCGCCUGGAGCUGUUUCGCAAGACGUUGAAAGUGGUACGGAAAACAUGGAUGCUGAGAACGGGGCAAUUAUGUUACGUCGGCUAGGUUCUGCUAAUCGGAAAGAGUAA